CCCGUUUCUCACGGGUUUCUCAGUGAAUACAUGGAGAAAAUUGAUCUGUUCAACAGAGAACAAAGGUUUUAUGCCGAUGUACUAUCUCAGUUGAACAAAAGAGUAAAGUUUGAAUUUGGCCCUAAGGAUUUCUACUGCCCUGACAGAAACAGGUUGGUGCUGAAAGAUUUGAACGAAGAUGGCUACGUAAUGGCCGAUAGAUCCAAACAAUUGGAUUUUUCUCAUUGCAAAUUAGUUAUGACGUCCAUAGGGAAAUAUCACGCAUCUUCCGUAUCCUUACAACACGAAAACUCACAGCUUGUUGAAGAAGCCGGCUCAGAGAGGUUGUACUACGAUGAAGGUCCUUUUAAAAAGGAGGUGAAAGGAUGGGUUGAAACUUCUUUGAAGUUAGUAAGUGAUGUUCUGAGAGAAAUGAAAGGAUAUGAAAGCUAUGGAGAUUUGAUGCUCAGCAAAGUUGACGGGAUCUGGGAGUACCUUGUGACGGUAUUUAAACCUAGAAAACAGGCAGUGAAUGUUCUCAACCACGGGGAUUUGUGGGUGAACAACAUGCUGUUCAAAUAUAACAGUUCUGGAACUCCAGUUGCUGUGAAGUUAGUCGACUUCCAGUACCCAAGAUAUUCAUCUCCAGCAGUUGACCUCAUCUACUUCAUCUGGACUAGUGCGGACGAGGGUGUUCGAGAAACCAAGCAGGAGGAACUGCUCGACAUCUACCUGCAGACUUUGAAUUCCACCUUGGAGGAGCUUGGGUGUCAGGAGCGGCUAACUGCAGAAGAGUUGCGGCAGGAUCUGAGAGCACUGGCGGACUGGGUCCUCGUCCUGAUUUGUCAGCUGCUACCCACAGUGCUUUGCGAGCCUAAAGACGUCAUCAAGACGGAAGAUUUCAAACAGGAAGAUUUUGAUCCUGAAAAACCCGAUGAAAGAAUAGAGAAACGGUAUCAAGGGAAGCGAUUCAAAACUGCUUUACCAACAGUGUUGAAACAGUACCAGUCUUGGGUGUCGUCUUAAUGAAAAGGGAGGAAUUGAAAUUUCUAGCAAUUCCACAUAUGUUUUUAAUCACAUAUAAGCUUUGUUUGUAAUUAAAAUAAAUGCCAAAAAACGA